AUGAAUCCAAUCGGCACACCGAACAACACCUCAAAGUCAAUGAUUGCGUUGAAUGCUUCUCUUCUCACAGAAUAUCAAUCAUUAAUAGACCGUGUUUUUUCCUCCAUCGCUGCAAAUGCAGAAGGAAAACAAACAGACCGGCCACCCGUUGAUAUAAUGAAGGAUAUCGUAGAAUUGGAUAAAAAAAUGCAACAAGGUCUCGAGCAAAGUAAGGGGAGAUUGUGUUUUUAUCGCUUUUUGGAUAUAUGGAAUAAUCUAGCUUUUUCUUUUAUACGAAAAUUCAAAGUUGAAGAACACCAAAGGGUUCAUCGAAAGAUAUUGCAGGUUAUUAACGAAAUUGAGGCUGAAAAUAAUGCAAUUAUGGAAUUUGUGAAUGAAUUAAAAAAUGGAAAAGAGCAACUUGAAAUCUGCUUGGAUGCUGCAAAUGAAACAAUUCAAGCUAUAAAUUUUGCUUCUGCAUCCUCGGUAACUGCAGACGAGAUAUUAAAGUAUGCAAAUAGAAUCAGCAGCUAUACAUCAGCACCACCAAAUUAUGUAGCUGGGACUUUCGCUGAGCCUCCAUAUCCAGAUGAAUCACGCAUGAGGAGAGGAUUUCUUUUUCGGCAAGAUGUUGAUAUGGUUUUUGAAGAUGGUAUGACGCAUUGUUAUUUUAUGAAUCCUUAUAAUAAAUCCCAAAUAACACGUGUCAAUCAAUAUAUGCCAUAUGUAUUCGUAAAAGCAGGAGACAAAAAUGAUGAUGAGAACGAAGAAGAAGAGGAUAGUGAUGACAUUCAUUACGUAAAAUCUAAUUUAUUUGGUCCCAUGGAUGUUACUCAGCAGGCAGAACCAUUUACUUUAGACCUUAACCCAGAACUUGAAUGA